UUUGAUGAUACAGCAAUGCGUGAUGCGAUUGCAUUGGCGCGUCAGUGGGCUGAGAUGGACGAUGGCGAUUUAGCAAAGAUUGAUAGUUCGCGGUACAACUCUUUAUCAACUUUGCAAAAAGUAAAAGUACUGGAUCAUCUGCGACUGGCGUCGAAUGCGCUGUCCCACGAAAAACUGGCGCAUCUUGACAAAGUAAAUAAAUUCUCAAAGGCUGGAAACUAUGAUAUUUUGUCAAGUUGGAUCCAGUUAGGGCUAAAAAAUUACUGGGAGGAUAUAAUCCCACUUGCUUUGGAUUUUGUCACAAAACAAGGACGAUUGAAAUAUGUGCGACCGAUAUACAAUGCUGGUCGAGCAAUCGAGACGUUCAUGAAGAAUGCUCCUUACAUGCAUCCAAUCACUGUAUCGACAGUAAGCAAGCUGAUACCUAAAUGA